AUGCCAAUUACUGAAAAUAAAUGGAUAAAUGGAUUUUCACUAUUGCUAGAACUUAAGGAUUUACUCAAAGCUAUUCCCCUUCAUUCACUUGCUUCAUCUAUUAAUGUGUUCAACAGAUUGAACUUCUCUGAACGGCAUGAACAAGUCCAGUUCCACUUAGGUGUGAUGGAUCUUGACUUGGCUCUGCUGAAAGAAAAACCCACUGCUAUUACUGAUACAAGCAGUGAGGAUGAGAAGUCUUUCCAUAAAGCAUGCGAACACUCUAACAGAUUGAGCCUUAUGUUUAUGCGAAUGACUAUUGCCAACAACAUUAAGAGUACUAUUCCACAGACAGAAAGUGUCAGGGAAUACCUGAAGUUUGUGGAAGAACGUUUUCGUUCUGCUGAUAAGUCUCUCGCUGGUACAUUAAUGGCUGAACUCACAACCAUAAAUUUUUAUGGGUCGCGUAGUAUGCAAAAUCAUAUCAUCGAGAUGACUAACAUUGCAGCAAGACUCCGAACCUUGGGGAUCAAAGUGGAUGACUCCUUCUUGAUUCAGUUUAUUCUGAACUCAUUGCCUUCUGAGUAUGGACCAUUCCAAAUUAACUAUAACACCAUUAAGGAUAAGUGGGAUGUUAGUGAAUUGUCCAGUAUGCUUACUCAGGAGGAAUCAAGACUUAAGAAACAAGGAGGUUCUAUUAACCUCAUGGGUCAAAGAGGUGGUAAAGGACUUAAAGUGAAGGCCAAUAAGUUCAAGAAGAAGAAAGCACCUGCUAAAGUUCAACAGGAUACUCAUAAGGAACUCAAGGCAUGUGUGUCGUUUAUGUAG